GAUACCUAACUUGGGUGAACAGCAUUUCUUGCAGAUGCUAUUGCAGCGGUGUAUUCUCCGCGCCAUUGCCCGAGUCAAUUGUAGACAACACCACUGCCGAGUAACAAGCGCUAUCAGGUCGCAACGUCAGUUAUACAACUCGCUAGGCGCUCGGUCUUCGUUCCAGCAGCCGCCAAGUUCAGGCUCCCAGCUGCGGGCUGUACGUGGCGACGCAUUUUCUUUACAAGGCAUGGGCUCCGAUACCGAGGAUCCGCAGGCUCGCCCUGCGAGCAAGCGGCAGCGCACAGACGGCGGAGCGGCAGCUGUCAGCGGCGCGGGCCCCGACGCACAGGCCGCUGAGCAGCAGCAGCGGAAGGGAAAGAAGGGCAAGGACUCAUGGAGCCCUAUGAUCGGCAAGCUGCACCAGGCGGUCAAAGUCAACAACCUGCCGGUCGCCAUGGCCACCUUCCGCGAGAUCCUGGCUGCCGGCGGCUCCGUGCCCGUGUCCGUCAUGAACAGCCUCCUGUUCCUGGCGUGCGGCUGCGAGCAGUGGGAGCGCUACGCCCGCGGCCUGCCGCCGCUGCCGCCCACCGCACUGCCAGUGGACGCGCGGGACCAGGACCCGCCGGCGGCGGCGGCAGCCGCCGGCGCGGCGGCGGCUGCCGCCGCCGCUGAGGUGGAGGACGGCGGGAAGAAGAGCAAGGAGCAGCAGGGGCAGGGGCAGGGGCAGGGGCACCAGGGCAAGCGGCGGAAUGUGAACGCGGUGCCGCCGCCGGAGGGGCCGCCGCCGAGCAAGGAGGAGUUGCUGGCGGCGGUGGAGGAGCUGUGGGCGGCCAUGACCGCGGCGGGGCAGAAGCCGGACGCGGGGACGUACCUGGGGCUGGCGCGGCGGGAGGCGUUGAGGGGCGAGCCAGCGGCGGCCCUGGCGUGGGCCAAGGAGUGUGCGGCCAAGACGCGGUCGGUGCAGCUGCGCACCUACCACCCAGCCAUGGUGGGGUUCUGCCUGGCUGGCGACGCCGCGGCUCUGGCAGCCCUGUACGAGAUAGACGGCCUCAUCACGGGCCCUGCAACAGCCGGCGGCGCGGGGCUGGACGCCACCGAGUACGAGUACGCGCGGCUGCUGGAGGGCAUUGCGGCGGCGGGCAGCUACAGCCAGCUGAGGGGCGUGCUGCUGCGCAUGCAGGACGACCUCAACCAGCUGGCGCCCGCCACCGCCGACCUGGUGGCGGCCUUCUUCCAGCGCAGGCCCCAGGCGGCGGCGCAGGCCUUCGCGGCAGUGGACGCCGGAGGCUGCCCCGGCGUGGCGGCGGCAGCGGCUGGCGGUGCAGUGGCGGCGCGGGCGGAGGCGGGCCCGGCGUCAACGUCGUCGUCAGCAGCGGAGGGCGAGGGCGCGGGCGGGGCUGGGGGCGGGGAGCGCAGCUGGCAGGUGCUGCGAAGUGUGGCUGUGGAGCGGGGCGGGCGCUGCGACGCGGCGGGCGGCUCGCUGCGAGUCAUUGACCUGGCGGAGACGGAAUGGGAGUCGUUCGCCAACGCCAUCGCCAGCCUGGCGCGCACCAACAUGGGCGCCCGCGCGGCGGAGUUCGACGCCUUCGCGGCCUGGUACGACAGACACGGGCCGUACGACAUACUGGUGGACGCCGCAAACGUGGCGUACUACGGCCAAAACCGUGAAGGCGGCGGCUUCACGUGGGGCCAGAUCCAGGCCAUGUACGAACUGCUGACGCGGCGGUUCCCGUCCAAGAAGGUCCUAGUGAUGGUGCACCGCAACCGGCUCAAGGACCCCGAGGCCAACACGUCGGCGGUGCAGGCGUUCCUGGGCCGCCUGCGCAGCUGCAAGGCCUUCAACUACACGCCGCCCGGAGCCAACGACGACUGGUUCUGGCUGUACGCGUGCGUCAAGGCCAAGCGGCGCGGCCUGCUGGUGUCCAACGACCUGCUGCGCGACCACAUCUUCUCGCUGCUGCGGCCCAAGCACUUCCUCAAGUGGAAGCAGCGCCACAUCGCCCGCUACACCUACGUGCACUGGGCGCAGGCCGACCCGGAGUGGGACUGGGAGGCGCCCGAGGACUGGGCGCCCACAGAGGAGGGCGAGGAGGAGGGCGAGGAGGAGGAGGCCGCCGCCAAGGCAGGGGAGGAGGCCGCCAAGGAGGGCGAGGGGGAGCAGGGCGAGGCUAAGGAGGGAGAGAAGGGGGAGGCGAAGGAGGAAGAGGCGAAGGAGCAAGGGGAAGGGGAAAAGGCCGAGGUGGAGGAGCCGGAUGACGAGGGCGGCAAGGGUGGCGACGAGCUGUUUGUGCUGCAGAUGCCCAGCCCCUACACGCCGUGUGUGCAGCAGGUGCCGGAGUCGGGGGCGUGGAUGGUGCCGGUGAGCGAUGGCACGUGGCUGUGCGUGCGACCGCAGCCGGCAUGAGGGAGUAGAGGCAGGGCGUUGGGGAGGGAGGGAGUAGCACAGCACUGCGGCUCAAUACCUUAGGUUAGCACGGGAGGACAGGAAUUGCUGGUGAGCAGGAUGGUCGCUAGUCGAUAGCAGCAGAUAGCAAAACUGUGGCUGUAGCAUUGGACAGGACAGCGAUAGGGAUUGGAGCCGUGGUUUGUAGCAGAACGGGCUGAACUGCUGCAGGAGUGGUUAUGGCGUGAGGGAAUCAGGAUGGAAAGCUAUUUGGGCCCAAGUUACCAAGUGGGCUGCGGCACUGCAACACUGACUGAUGUGAUGUCAGACGUACGGAAGGAAAUACGAUGCUUGAAACGGGCUAAACAACAAGACGAGGAGACUCAGGAUAGCCGAGGGGUAUGCCAUUUGAAUGGAAGCCUUGUUACAGGGCCCCCAGCCGUGUCGUUUGCUU